UAUUUCCAAACUCCAUUUAGUUCGGCAUAUUGCUGCUAUUGAUUUAAUUCUUGGUCUAAUAAAUUAAGUGUAAUCAAAUAAAACUACAAAUAUGGGUAUUGAUAUCGUUGGAAUUGCUUACGCAGCAACCGUAGCAGCCGGUGGCAUUAUGGGUUAUGCCAAAGCAGGAUCUAUACCAUCUUUGGGGGCUGGACUCAUCUUUGGUUCAAUUCUUGGUAUUGGAGCUUACCAAAUCAGUCGGGACCCUUCAAACUAUGCAUUGAUGUUGGGAACCACCACCACCCUUGGAGGCAUUAUGGGCUACAGGUUCUACAACAGCAAGAAGUUUAUGCCUGCCGGUCUCAUUUUCGUCCUCUCUGUUGGUAUGUUGGCCAAACUUAUCGUCAAGAAUGUUGGGGCCAAGUCGCCAAUGUCGGUCAAAUCCGGUUAGAUUGAUUUAUAUUGUUUUUAUAUACUUACUUGUAUUAGAAUGAACAAUAUUUUGUGUAUAAAAAGUCCGCAGAUAAAGAAACAAUAAUAAAAUGGCGGCCAUUAUGAAAGAAGUAUUGACGCAUGAGUCAUAUUGUUCCUUUAUUUGUGUGGCUUAUAGUAGAUGCAUUUACGUGAAAUCCCACUUGUAACAUUGUAGGUAUAUUUGUGUAUUUUGAAUCAUUCAUCAUUUGUUAUUUAAUAGAUACUUAAACCUGUAUGUUUUUGAUAUUUAUAUUGAAUUCAAUGGCAUUCGAAACAUUUUACUACAGUGUAAAGUAUUUUAGUCGUAAUAGUAUUUUUUAUUAUAGUUUAUUUUAAAUAUCAACAUAGAUAUUAAUUUAAGGUUUUUGGUUUUAGGACAAGAACAGUUCGACUAACAUUUAAGAUAAAAUGAGUUUAUUAUAAUAUUAUGUACAUUUAAUUUGUUUUAUACAUAGUUAAACCCUAUUUCUUUUUUAAAUGGUGUUGGUCCAGGGGUAUUAAAUAUGUUUUAUUUAAAUAAAACACAACUGAAACGGUUUUCAAUACUUUUCUAUUCUCAUUUUUCUUAAGUUAAGGCAAUUCGGGGAAGUACAGAAUUAUAGUAGAAAAGCUCAUUGUUCGUGAAUAAAUAAAUACAUGAAAUUAAAAUGGGCAAGUUUCACCGGUAAAUAAUUGCCGAAAAAUAUUUUUUUUUAAAUUAAGCUAUUGGUAACUUUACAAUUAAAGAACUAGAGUGUGACAUAAAUAAUUUUAGCAUUAAAAACAGACUUAAUUGUUACAAAGUAAUCGAAUUAAAAAACCCCAAUUACGAGUGCAAAUAAAAAUUAAGACGUACAUUUUUGAGAAAAAAAUCUCGUUUAGAAAUAUGCGAUCCUGUCGCGACCUCUGUAAAAUACAUUUGUGUAUAUAAAAAAACUUAUACAUGUCAUUUACAAUAAUUCUUAAACAAUACUAUUUAUAUAAAAGGCACUUUGUGGCAGUUUCUUUUACGUAAACUUAGGACGUAACUGUAACAACCGUUUACAAACAAAAGUAAUCUAAAAAGAGUAUUUCUAAAAAUAUAUCCAAAAUACCAACCGAAGUUUGAAUCACAAGGAGUUCAUAUAAGAUCUGUUUGUUCGUCAAAUAUCUAUAUUUAUAUAAAAAUUAAAAUAUUCUAGUGUACUUAGCGUCCAUUAACAAUAACACAAUCAUCACAUUAAAAUAUCACUCGCAGAUUUGUGUGUCGGACAUUUUCAAUAAUGUUCGUCGCGACACUUUUCUUUUUAAUUCACACACAUUAUGUCUACGUCGCGGUUUCCUUGUCAAUUUAACUACAUUUUAAACUGGUUGCAAUAUACGAUUUUAUUACUUGUUAUACCUAACUACUGUAACUAUUAAAGUAGCAUUUUUAUACGAUCUACAGCAACAAAUUUACGAUAUCUGUCGAUACUUGAAUAUAAUAAAGGCAUGGUAAAGUAAGAUUUUGUAGAUUUUCAGUAAUGUACAGUUUUAAAGAAAACAAUAGAUGGCAAGGCCCUUUUUGCCUAAAAUAAUUCUUCCAAAUUUGAAUUCUGCCGCUUAUUUUUUGAACAAUAUGAAAUGUCAAAAAUCAAACUGGCAGCUGAGAGAAUAUUUACGAAAAAAAAAACACUUUCUGCCAGUGUCAUGUGAAGAGACAAGGAACCCGCGAGCGUAAGUCAUUCAUAUACAUCGUCGCACUCAUGUCGUAGUAACGGCUGGUCGGCUGGCGCCGCCAACUGUGCAGUCUUCUGUGCUUCGCCCGCGUGCACGCUAACCUAAUGGCGGC